AUGAUGCUUGCAGCUGCCACGCCGUAUUGGUCACAGUCCACUGGGGUGCAUCAGCAACCCACGACACAUUACUGCAGACUCUCCUGUCCAAACUGCGGUCGCAGCUACAAGUAUCGAAGCGGUCUGCGAGGACAUAUCGCCGACUGUCUCUCGGAAAAAGAGAAAUUGGAGGCUGAUUUUCGUCAACGACAGGAGCAACGGCGGCAGCGAGAACAGCAGCAGCAGGUGCAGCAGCGACUGGAGCAGUUCACUGAGAAAGAUGUCAGAGUACUGUACAAGUUUUGGAAAUCUUAUAAGCAACCAUUGCAGGGCCAUGUUUGCAAAGAUUGCGGCAAGAUCUACAAACAGAGGAAUGCUCUGUGGCGACACUUCAAAUACGAGUGCGGCAAAAGUCCCAGAUUCCAGUGCCCGUAUUGUCGCUACCGGACGAAACAACGAUCUAACAUGUCUUCACAUAUUAAGCACAAACACGUGGGCUUCAAGAUUUACGUAAUCGAUCUUGAAGCCGGGAAAUGA